AUGGUCAACCCCACCGUUUUCUUCAACAUCGCUGUUGACGGCAAGCCCUUGGGCUGUGUUUCCUUCGAGCUGUUUGCAGACAAAAUGCCAAAGACAGCAGAAAAUUUUUGUGCUCAUGGCACUGGGAAGAAAGGAUCUGGUUAUAAGGAUUUCUGCUUUCACAGAAUUAUUCCUGGGUUUAUGUGCCAGGAUGGUGACUUCACAUGCCAUAAUAGCACUGGUGGCAAGUCCAUCAUUCCGAAGCACACAGGUCCUGGCAUCUUGUCCAUGGCCAAUGCUGGACCCAAAACAAACGGUUCCCAGUUUUUCAUCUGCACUGCUAAGACUGAGUGGUUGGAUGGUAAGCACAGGAUCUUUGGCAAGGUGAAAGAGGGCAUGAAUAUUGUGGAAGCCAUGGAGCGCUAUGGGUCCAGAAAUGCCAAGACCAGCAAGAAGUCCACCAUUGCUGACUAA